CAGCCUCCUCCAAACCUAAUCUCAGUUGUAUCUAUGCAUGCCGGUGCCCUGCUUCCUUCUAGGUCGCGUGUGCACGCCACCUACGUACGCCGAUAUGUCAGGAUCACAAGAGAGGAUGUGCACAUUUCAAUGGAGAGUUGCUCUCAAUAAGACACAGCCAUACUCACUGAUGGUGCUCCUACAACUUGGAUUUGCAGGGUUGCAUUUAUUGUCUGUAUUUACCCUUAAGCAUGGCAUGAACCAUUAUGUGCUCAUAGUCUAUCGUAAUAUUAUUGCUACAUUAGUUAUGCUUCCUUUAGCUCUAUGGUUUGAAAGAAAUAUGAGGCCAAAGAUGACAAAAGGCAUCUUCUUGAAGAUAUUCCUGCUAGCACUACUUAGCGUGUUAGAUCAGAACUUCUACUACCUUGGUGCUAAAGACACAUCGGCCAACUUUGUUGCAAGUUUUAAUUUAGUUCCCGUCCUAACCUUCAUCAUUAAUAUUCUAUUAAGGAACGAGAAGAUUAAAAUAAAAAAUGUGAGAAGCUGGCUAAAAAUCAUUGGUGUCGUAGUUAUUACUGGUGGAUCUCUUGUGAUGAUAUUAUACAAGGGUAAAACGCUAGGGUCAUUAGGAACGAGAGCAUCUACUAAUAUAGAAAGGCAUCAGUUAUUUGGAACAUUCAUGCUGCUUCUUAGUUGUUUGUGUGGAGCUUCUUUCUCUACAUUACAAGAUCAUGUAUUGAAAUCUUAUUCAACCGAGCUUUCAUUAUCUACUUUUAUAUGCUUAUUCUCGGUGAUCAUAAGUGGAGUCACAACCUCAAUAGUUAAACCAAACCCUAGUGCUUGGAAGAUAGGAUGGAACUUGAGACUUGUCUCCAUAAUUUACUCGGGAGUAAUUUGUUCUGGAAUUGCUUACUAUUUGCAAGGUGUAGUGAUUAAGAAGAAAGGUGCUGUUUUCUCAUCUGCAUUCAGUCCUUUACGGAUGCUUAUUGUUGAUGUUCUUGAUCCCACCGUUCUUGCAGAAGCUAUCACACUAGCAAGGAUUAUCGGUGCAGUUAUCAUGAUAAUUGGACUUUUUUUGUUAUUAUGGGGAAAAAUGAUAGAUGAAAAGUCAAAAUUGGAAAGGGAGGAAGGCGUUAUUGAUUUACCUAUAGUUGUGCCUAUGAGGACUUCUACGGUCAAUCCAAUGUAAUACUAGUUAUUAGAUAAAUUUAAUUUUACAAUUGGAUAUGCUAAAUCACAAUCCAUUAUAGAAUGGAACGAGGAAUGAAAAAGUACUGAAAAGAGUGAAAGAGGAAAAAACAUUGUUAUACAAAACAAAAAUAUUACACUAGAGAUUAUGUGGUAAU